AUGUUGGGCGGCAAAGAUAGAAAAUCCAACGGCAUCAUCAAAGAUAGCCAGGGCAGGAAUGCUGCCUAUUUCGACCCCAAAAGCCCGUUGUUUGGAAUCAAAGUGCGCCGGUCUCCGAACGGGCCAAGGCUCGGCCCGUACGCGCUCAAGAAGGACGUAAUGUACGUGCUAGGCUGUCGAUGGGACGAUGCCGAGAAGCCUGGGAAUGGACUCAACACGCCGGGACAAAAUGCUGCGCCCUACACGGCCGAAGAAACUACGUUCCUCAAGAAGAACUAUGGCUCCGAAUACCACUUCCUGAUACAACACGGGCUGAAGAUCCACAAUGAGGAAGACCGCGAAGAGGGACGCGCCAUCUUACGCGCCAUCAUGCGUGAGGAUGAGAUGUCUGAGCUGGAAGAGUCCGGGGAUGAGGAGGAUGAUGGUGAUUUGUCACGUUUCGAAGGCCAUCAGGCAGACUACAACUUCACUGAACGCCAGCUUGAUUGGAUCGAACAGUACUAUGGCAAUUCGGAGCAGUUCAUGAUUUCCUAUGGACUCAAGUUCUACCGUGAAGAGGAUCUCGAGGAGGCGAAGGCCAUUGUGGAUGUCAUGAUGGAUGGAGACGAUUAG